GAAUGAUGAAUAUAAAUGUAUAGAGGAGAGCAAAGAAAAAAACAGCAUCCUCAAUGUAUCUUGUGUGUGUACCUAACUGCUCAUGUGUGCUAUCUCUGGGAUGACCCGCAUGUUUUUCAGAGUUGCACCUGGAGGAUGCGAGGUCCCAGGCAGGGCUGGGCGUGGGCACAGGCAGGGGCUGUGGCAGAGGGAACAGCAGCAAUAACUGGGCUGGCUGCAGUUCAGAUCACUCAAGAAAUUCCUUUUUCAAACAAAUGGCUUGGAAAUCUUGCUGCAUCUCUGCUCUCAGGCUGGUGGCCUAAUCCUCGGAGGUAUGGAGAUGAGCUCAGUUGUCCCCGCAGUGCCAGGAGUUGUCCCCGCAGGUCCCGAGAGGCGAGGCCCCAUGUCCUGCCCUGGCGGGGCUUUGCUGCGGCCGGCGAGCUGAGGUCACUUGUACCCAGCCCAACGCCCUCCGUGGAGCACGGCCCCCACUGCCACGCUCGCGCCACAGGAGCCGAGAGGCAGAAGCGCCGCGUCCCCGGCGGAGAAGGAGCGAGGCCAUUCCUUGGGCAUCCUCACAGCAUCAUGACUCUCCAGGAUGACUUUGAUGGUGCUGCAGAAGAUGUAAAAAAACUGAAAACAAGACCAACUGAUGAUGAACUGAAGGAACUGUAUGGAUUCUACAAACAGGCUACUGUUGGAGAUAUUAAUAUUGAAUGUCCAGGAAUGCUAGAUUUGAAAGGCAAAGCCAAAUGGGAGGCAUGGAACCUGAAAAAAGGUCUAUCAAAGGAGGAUGCCAUGAAUGCCUAUAUCUCUAAAGCAAAAGCAAUGGUAGAAAAAUACGGGAUCUAGAAUACUCAAAAUAAUUCCCACUAAUAACUAACUCUUCAGUAGCUAAUGAACUAACUCUGUUGAGAAAAAUGCAAUACUAACUCCUUAUUGUAUAGUCUGACAGUGAAAUCUUUUAAACAUAAGCUGACUGUAAAGGGUAUUUACAUACAAAUCUAUUUUUAGAUUGUAUCUUAUUCUAAAUAAAUUUGAACCUAAUAAAUUA